AUGAAGGUCAAACAAUACAGUUUGGAGGCUCGCAGCCGCGCCAUUGGCAUGCUCCAAGCCGGCAAGACGCAGAAAGACGUUGCCUCACACUUUGGGGUCCCAGUCCUCACCAUCAAACGCUGGUGGAAGAAGUUUAAGGAGGCAGGGAGCGUCGCAGAUAGACCGUGGUCAGGGCGCCCUUCCAGCAUCUCGACCGUCGCCAAGAUCGUGAUGAAGAAAGCGGCUGGAAAAUCUGACCACUCGGCGAGGAAGCUGUCCAAACAGCUCACUCGGAAGAAAUAUCCGGUGUCCAAGAGGACUGUCCGCCGGUACUGGAGGAACACCCUUGGACUGAAGGCCUACAAGAUCCGCAGCGAGCGAGUGUGGGCUGAGAACCCGGCUGAAGUCCCGAAGGCGUUCAGCGUCAAAUUCCCGCCGAAACUGAUGGUGUGGGGCAUGAUGUCCUACGAGGAACUGAGCCAGCUGCACGUGAUCCCGCAGAUGACGUCGGUCAAUGCCGAGUACUACGUGGAGCACAUCCUCGAGGAAGUCUGCCUCCCUGCCAUCAACAGAACGGCCACGACGGGCUCCGUCCUCACGCGCCGCAUGGUCGAGCGCAUCCACCGGGAGCUGUACGGCCUGCACCAGACGUUCAAGUGGCUCCACCUGACAGUGGCUCUGCACUCGUACCUGGUCUAUAUGUCCUUUGACGGAUUGCAUCACUGA